AUGACAGACGCAGCAAGGCUUCUCUUCCUCAAUGCACACAACGAGGCUCGUCUAAGCGUUGCCAAAGGACUGGAACCAAACAAAUGUGGAUUCCUUGGUCCUGCCAAGAAUAUGUACAAGCUGGAAUGGGAUUGUGAUCUUGAAAAGCAAGCACAAAAUGCUAUCGCCCUCUGCCCAUCCACAAUGGGAAUAUUUACUUCAUAUUCACAGAACAUAAUAAAGUAUGUCUGA